CACUGCAGCUGCACCCACACACUCUCCUGCCGUUCAUCGGAGUCGUCUCCAACGCCGGUGAAGACCCUCCGGCGAGAAACCGCUCUCAUACCAAAAUGUUCCAAUCAAAACAAAAAAUGUCACACUCAGUAGGAAAAAAAUAUUGUUCUAGGCAUCCACAUCAAAUGUUCCACAUGCCCACAGCUCCCCCAGAUCUACUGCUUCUUCCUCCUCUCCGAUGGGGCGGCUGGGCGAGGGGCCGAGGGCGCGGAAUAGCAGCGGAGGACGCGGCGCGGGUGUGGCAUUGGGCGGGACGGCCGACGGCGUCGGGUGGUGGCGGUGGUGUUGCCGGGAUCCGCUAGGGGUGGUGGCGGAGCUCCGUGCCGCAUCGGUGCGAGGAGCAGCACGGAGGUGAGGCUCUGGUGGCGGCGCGCGCCGAGGAGGGGCGCUGGUAACUUGGCGACGCUUGGGGCGGGGGCACGAAAAGGCAAAGGCUCUGGGUCCCGCAGCGCGACAGUGCAUCGAGAAACGGACACGGCCAAGGACAACCGUACCACGGAGCCUUCCAGAUUUCCAGAGCCAAAGGCAGCAGUGCAGUUUGCACAAGGCGCGUGCAGCCUACCAACCACCGGGGGGCUGGCUGGCACCCUCUGUACUGCUUCGCCUCUUUUUAUACAGGGGUAGCCAGCUACUAUGGCACACACAUCAAUCGCACUCGCUCUCCCCGUGCAGCUCCAAGAGAGGCCGCCAUUAGAGUCUUGCUUGUGCUCUCUGCUUCGUCAAGGAGGAGGAGAGGAAGACGUCAUCACCACCACCAUGUCUCUGCUCGCUGAUCUCAUCAACCUUGACCUGUCCGACAGCACCGGGAAGAUCAUCGCCGAGUACAUAUGGGUUGGCGGUUCUGGCAUGGAUGUGAGGAGCAAAGCCAGGACAUUGUCUGGACCUGUUGAUGACCCAAGCAAGCUCCCAAAAUGGAACUUCGACGGCUCCAGCACCAGCCAAGCCACGGGUGACGACAGUGAGGUCAUCCUUUGUCCUCAGGCCAUCUUUGGGGACCCGUUCAGGAGGGGGAAGAACAUCCUGGUUAUGUGUGACUGCUAUGCGCCAAACGGAGAACCGAUCCCGACCAACAAGCGGCAUGGCGCGGACAAGAUAUUCAGCCACCCUGAUGUCAAGGCUGAAGAACCAUGGUUCGGGAUUGAGCAAGAGUACACCCUUCUUCAGAAGGACAGCAACUGGCCUCUUGGGUGGCCACUGGGUGGCUACCCUGGCCCUCAGGGACCUUACUACUGCGCCGUAGGAGCGGACAAAUCCUACGGGCGGGACAUCGUCGACGCGCACUACAAGGCCUGCCUCUACGCCGGCAUCAACAUCGGUGGGAUCAACGGAGAGGUCAUGCCAGGGCAGUGGGAGUUCCAGGUUGGCCCUGCCGUCGGCAUCUCGGCCGGCGACCAGCUCUGGGUGGCUCGCUACAUUCUUGAGAGGAUCGCUGAGAUUGCUGGAGUCGUCGUCUCCUUCGACCCCAAGCCAAUUCCGGGAGACUGGAAUGGUGCUGGAGCUCACACUAACUACAGCACCAAGUCGAUGAGGAGCGACGGCGGGUACGAGGUGAUCAAGAAGGCGAUCGAGAAGCUAGGCAUGCGGCACCAGGAGCACAUCGCGGCGUACGGGGACGGCAACGAGCGCCGCCUCACUGGCCGCCACGAGACCGCCGACAUCAACACCUUCAUCUGGGGCGUCGCCAACCGCGCCGCGUCGGUGCGAGUCGGCCGCGACACCGAGAAGGAAGGCAAAGGCUACUUCGAGGACCGGAGGCCGGCGUCCAACAUGGACCCCUACGUCGUCACCUCGCUGAUCGCCGAGACCACCAUCCUCUGGAAGCCCAGCCACUCCAACGGCGCCGUGGCUCCCUGAUCCUCUUGGGGACCGAGCGUCAAGGGGUCAGCUUGUUCUGUACCCGUGCGUGUGUGAGCCGUGUUGCAGGGAUGGGAAAUGAUACUGACGCUGUCAGAGACUUUGAAUGGCAAUAAUAAACGCACCGAGCGCGUUCUCGUAGCUCGUGUGCUUGUGGUCGCUGAUA